AUGACCCUAAACCCUCAGCCAUGCAAGCUUAACCCCACGAGGAGGACAAGGAAAAUGGCCAGCAGUGUGAAGGCCGAAGGUUGCAAAAAGGAGGAGCUGUCAUUUAGCUCUUGCAAUAAUUGCAAGGGAUUUAGCAUCUUCAGAGAAGGUGAUGCUGUUGUUGCCGUCGUUGAGGAGGUGAAGAAGAACAACCAUGUAGUAAGAAAGUUGGUGAAGCGUCAACAGAUUUGCACCCUUCACCAACCAGAACAAUUAGAAAUGUGUUAG